ACGACACUCCAUUUCACUGAUAAGCUACCCCUGGUACAUGAUUAUGACACGAUCAACACCGCUUAUUCUACCACUGCAGUUACUUUUGUUUCUCCCCCUCUUCAUCUGUUCGAGCUCCCUCUCCCUCAAGGAGAACUUCGAUAGUUCAGCCUUGCCCGGCCGAAAGGAUCCAAUCAUGAAAGGCACAGCGCCAUUAAGAUAAGUUCAGCCAAGAUACUAGGACCGACUCUAAUAUAUCAUGCAUUC